AUGCCUCUUGGUCUUACUCUUGCUCCCAGAGUUCUUGCUUCAAAAACCCUUACCUCCUGGGUUACACCUAUUGCCCAUUGGUAUGCUAACCUCGCGGGAUAUAGGAAGUACGGCCUCAAGUAUGACGACCUUAUCAUAGAGGAAUAUGAAGACGUACAAAGGGCCCUACACCGUUUGACUCCUCGUGAACAAUAUGACCGCGCUUACCGUAUGAAGCGUGCCUCUCAUGCUAGCGUGCUCCAUAAUGUACUCCCCAAAGAAGAAUGGACGAAGCCUCAAGAGGACGUCCGGUUCUUAACACCUCAUGUGAAAGAGGUUGAGAAAGAGGACAAAGAAAGGGCGAUGUGGGACACUGUCUUUGUCUCCAGAAAAUAG